UCAGUGCACCAUUUGCAAAUGUUCGUUGCGGUCGCUGCGACUGGCGAAGAGUGUGAACAGUGCGUGUGCGUGUGUGUGCAUGUAUGUGUGUGUGUGCAGGAUAACUGCCAGCAAUCGAGCUACCCCAUGUGAUACCCCAGACACCAGCCAGAGGCAACAGUGCUGAAGUAAUAUGCAAAAGGCCGACAAACAGGCAAAAGCAGAGCAGGCGCAGACAGGCAAGAGUAAAGCGAAAGCGAAAGCGAAAGAGAAAGAGAAAGUGAAAAGAGACGCAGCAACAUCAGAAGGAGAAGGAGAAGGAACAGGAGGAGCGGAAGCAGCAGUAGGAGGAGCAACAGCUGAGCAGGAUCUGGAGCUAGAAUCGCCAAAGGCCAAGGCACGUUCGCGUUUCUCAGCCGCCUUUCGCAGUCUCAAGACCAAGAAGCAGGAGAAGGAAAAGCCAAAGCCCAGCAGCGCGGAGCAGCUGACGGCCAUCAGCAGCGGCGAGGCCGAGGAUCUAACCAGCCUGGGCGAGAUCAGUCUGGACAGCGGGCUGAAGAGCAGCCAAAAGAAGAAGAGUCUAACGCGUCGCCUGCUGCUGGGAAGUCUGAAGCCAAAGACCAAAGAGCGACCGCACAGCCUAGCGACGAGCGAUGAGCUGAGCCUAAAGAGCAGCAGCAGCGCCAGGGAACGGGAACGGGAAAGGGCACUGGGCACGGGACUGGGAUUGGGCAGCAGCAGCAGCACACUAAAGAUAACCAUAAGCGGCAAGAAAGUUGAGACUGUCGAAGUCAAAGGCAGAAGCGAGACGGAUUACCUGACACCGAUACCGACACAGACGGCAACAGAAGAAGCGGCAGCCGCAACGGCAACGGUAAAGCCAGCGACGACAGCAGCGACAGCGACAGCGACAAAAGAGACAGCUAAGCUAAUUGUGGCCAAGGUGGUGUCCAAAGAGCAGAGCAAGCUGAAGAAGCAGUCGAAGCAGACGAAGCAGCCGAAGCAACAGCUGAGAGCAGCGCCUCAGGUUGAGGAGAAAAUCGUUAUCACAGAGAGCAGACGAGAUACGCCGCCGCGCGAACGAGCGCCGGCAAAGCCGAGCCGCGCAGCGAGCAAUCAGUCAGCCAACAGCGCUGGGGAGCAGCACAGGUCGAGCAGUGCCAGCAAAGCCCUAAGCCUGCCCAGCCGUGAGAAGCGUGCAUUGAUGCAACAGCAGCAACUGCAGCAGCAGCAGCAGCAGCAGCAGCAGCGUGGACAUCGUUUGAAUAAAGGCAGCAAUACGGCAGCUCUGGAGAAAGAGGCGCUAGUGACGCCGCCCAGUUCGGAGUUGCAGCCAGCGCCGGCUCCUGCCAGUUCCACGCCCGAAUUGAGGCCAUCCUCGGCGCCCACCUCGUCCACCCUCGUCCUGGUCAGCCCGGCGGAGUCGUCGGACGCCGUCUCACUAGCCGAAUCAGCCCAGACAUCAGUUGCGCCUGUCGUGCGCUUUGCCGUUGGCAGCGCGGUCCGCGGCCCGGACGCCUACGAGCUAGCUCUAGCCGCCGCAGCCAAUCAGCAACCCAGCUCCAGCGAGGAGCCCAGCGAUUCCAGCCUGAGGCGCUUGAGCUUCAAGCAGCAGUUGGCUCUAUCGGAUCACGACAGCAUCGAGGGCAGGCGCGAGACGGUGCGCUACCAGUCGGUGGCCAGCGAGUACGGCGAGGAUCAGGACACAGGCGACGAGCAGGAGCUGGACAGAGACUCCAAGCCCAUGCCGGCCUUUGGCAAUUUGACUAUGGACCAGGAAAUGGAACCGACCAUAAUGUCGCCCAGUGGCGAGAAGCGUGAACAUCUCUACAAGAUCCUAGUGAUCGGUGAGCUGGGCACAGGCAAAACAUCGUUCAUCAAGCGCUACGUCCAUCAGUUCUUUAGCCAAAACUAUCGAGCGACAAUCGGAGUGGAUUUCGCAUUGAAGGUGCUGCACUGGGAUGCCAAUACGAUAGUGCGCCUGCAGCUCUGGGAUAUCGCCGGGCAGGAGAGAUUCGGCAAUAUGACGCGGGUCUACUACAAGGAGGCGGUGGGCGCUUUCAUCGUCUUCGACGUGACGCGCAGCGGAACCUUCGACUGCGUCAGCAAAUGGAAAGAGGAUCUCGACUCGAAGGUUCAACUACCCGAUGGCAGUCCCAUACCCUGCAUACUGCUCGCCAAUAAGUGCGAUCAGGAGAAGCAGGGCAUUGUGACGCAGCCGGAGCGCAUGGAUGAGUAUGUGAGGGAAAAUGGUUUCGCUGGCUGGUUCGAGACCUCGGCCAAGGAGAACAUCAACAUCGACGAAGCAGCGCGUGCCUUGGUGAACAAAAUACUCAUCAAUGACAAACUGAUAACUGCCGAUGCGAAUGAUGCGGAGAAAUUCAAUUUGAGUGCGGCUGAUGCGAGCGCAGAGACCAAGAACAAGUGCUCCUGCUGACCGGUUGCUGCGUUCAUCCAGAUGCAUUCCAGCAAU